GCCUGCCCUCCACUCCAGCUGCUGACCCCCUGCCCUGUCCUGUCCCUGUCCCUGCAGGAGCCAUUUUAUGCUGGCACCAAGGCAGCUGGACACCCUGCUGGAGCAGCCCCUGAAGAGUGCCAGGGUGCACUGGGAGGAGACGUCACAUACCAGCAGGGCAAGGGCUGUCAAGGGACCCUGAAAGGGAUCAGGCAGAGGACUGCCAGCAAGGGGGAAGACUCUGAAAAUGAAGACAGUGAUGAGAAUGAGGAAGAAGAGGAGGAAGAAGAGGAAGAAGUAGAUGAGAAUGAGAAUGGUGUCAAUGGCACAAGCACAAAUACCACAGAGGGUAUUGGACCUAAUGGCAAUGGCACUGUGGUGGCUGAGGAGGGCACUGGUGAAGCUGAGGAAGAGGAGGAAGAGGAGGAAGAGGAGGAAGAAGAGGAAGAGGAAGAGGAGGAGGAGGAGGAGAAGGAGGAAACUGAAGCCACCACCAUUGCAAGCUCCACCAACAAAGAGGGUCUGACCCAGGCAACCACUAUGGAUGACGGGGGACCCACAGAUGUCACCACAGAUGCCACCACAGCUGGGGAGCUGUGGGAGUACGAUGUAACAGCCAGGGACAACAACCGAUGGGAUGCGGGCACCACCGAGGGUGGGUACGAGGAACAGGAUGAAUAUGCACGUGGGGACAGCUACCGGGCCUACGAGGAUGAGUACGGCUACUACAAAGGGCAUGGAUAUGAUGUGUAUGGCCAGGAUUACUACUACAGCCAGUAAACAGGGGGGAAAAC